CCGCUUUAGAGGACCUGAGGGCUCGGCGUUUCCGGGGGAGCCGCGUGGAGCUCUUUGGCCUGGAGGCUGUCGCCAUGGCGGUCUUCGCGGGCCCGGCUAAGCCGUUGCUGUCGUUGAACCCGCAGGAGGAGGCCAAGUUUCAGAAGGAGGUCGCGCAAGUUCGCCAGCGCGCAAACCAGCGACAGAAGAAAGAAAAACUUACUCCUGGAGUAAUCUAUGUGGGCCACUUACCUCCAGCACUUUAUGAGACCCAGAUCCGAGCAUAUUUCUCCCAGUUUGGCACUGUUACAAGAUUCAGACUGUCCAGGAGUAAACGGACAGGAAACAGUAAAGGCUAUGCGUUUGUGGAGUUUGCAUCUGAAGAUGUUGCCAAGAUUGUUGGUGAAACCAUGAACAACUACCUCUUUGGUGAAAGACUCUUAAAGUGUCAUUUUAUACCGCCUGAAAAAGUCCACGAAGAGCUCUUUAGAGAGUGGUAUAUUCCAUUUAAAAAGCCAUCCUUUCCAGCAGUGAAACGGUAUAACCAGAAUCGGACACUUCUUCAGAAGCUCCAGAUGGAGGAGCGAUUUAAAAAGAAGGAAAAAUUACUCAGGAAGAAAUUGGCUAAAAAAGGAAUUGAUUAUGAUUUCCCUUCACUGGUUUUACAGAAAAAGAAAAAAAGAAAUGCUUCAGCUCCUGGUCUUCAGAAAUCUAUAAGUAGCCAGGUCUUAUCGAAGAAAAAGAAGAAGAAGGCUUCAUGCACUCCUAGCACUCCUGAGCAGACUGUGGAUAGCCAGGGCCCCACACCGGUUUGUACACCAACAUUUUUGGAGAAACGAAAAUCUGAAGUGGCUAAGAUGAAUGUUGAUGAAAAAGAUGACGAAGUAGUUUUCAAACAGCCUGUACCUGGCAUAAAAGAAGAAACACAAGAGACUCAAACACCUACACGCUCAAGGAAAAAAAGACGAAGAAAAGACAAUCAGUGAUUCUAAAUGUAUUCUUUUUCUUCUGAAAAAUGUGAUUUUACUGUGAGGGCUGCUUGUUUUAACUCCGUGCACUGGGGGCCAUCACGGACUGGGCUCUUGGAGGACAGCUGCCGGCUCACGUCCUCGGUGGCGGGGCUCCCGCGGCCUCUGUCCUGUCUCUGGUUUUCCUCGCACAUCUCGUAGCUGUCUCUAGUCACUCUUCCUGAUAGAAACGUCACCAUUUACUGCAGCUGUGGUUGUUACCGACAGAUAAAGAAAAUAAACUCUUGCUUGACCACCUACAGUGUUCUCCGUCAGGCUGUGCGCGGCCAACCCCUAGGGGCACAUGGUACUUGGACGUGAUCACUUUUACUAAGUUACGUUCUUGGUGGGCGAGCAAGGUUUAGUGACUGUCAUUUGUGUUAAUGUCGUUGGUGUGGAAUUGUAUUUCGGGAAUAAACUUUUUCUACGGUU